AUGUCAAUCCCGAGUCGACGCCUUGGGCCUAAUGGCCCUCAGGUACCUGCUGUUGGACUCGGUCUCAUGAGCAUUGGUGGUAUAUAUGGGUCGGCAGGUUCUCUCGACGAAAAACUUGCCUUCCUGGACCAUGCACAUGCUAUCGGCCAGUACUUCUGGGACACAGCAGAUCUGUAUAGGGAUAGCGAGGAUAUUGUGGGCGAGUGGUUCAAGCGUUCGGGCAAAAGAGAUGACAUAUUUCUAGCCACAAAAUUUGGUGUCCGAAGGAAUGACGAGACAGGACACCUGUUUGCACGUUCCGACCCUGAAUAUGUGCGAAUCGCCUGUGAGAAGAGCCUGAAGCGGCUGGGUGUCGACACUAUUGAUCUAUACUACAGCCAUCGCGUCGAUAGUAUUACACCCAUUGAAAAAACCAUCGAAGCAAUGGUUGAGUUGAAAAACGAGGGCAAGAUACGACAUCUCGGAAUCUCCGAGGUUAGCGCCGCCACCCUUCAUCGAGCGCAUGCGAUUCAUCCUAUCACCGCCCUGCAAAUCGAGUACAGUCCAUUCGCGCUAGAUAUAGAAUCACCAAAGAUCGAUGUUUUAAACACAUGCCGUGAGCUAGGUAUUGCCGUCGUUGCCUACAGCCCGAUCGGCCGUGGCAUUCUGACAGGGCAGAUUCAGUCAUACGAGGACUUGCCCAAGACAGACUUGCGCCACAAUUUGCCGAAAUACUCACCAGAGAAUUUCCCGAAGAUUUUGAACUUGCUGGACGGUCUAAAGGAUGUCGCGAAGACCCACGAUGCGACUCCUGCACAAGUUGCAAUAGCCUGGUUGCUUGCACAGGGACCUGACAUUAUCCCUAUUCCCGGAACAAGGUCUGCAAACAGAAUGGAAGAAAAUAACAGAUCGUCUCUGCUCCAAUUGUCGGACAAGGAGGUGCAAGAUAUUCGGGAGCUAAUUCAAGAGAAUGAAGUCCAUGGUGACCGCUACCUGCCUACAAUGGGCAGAUAUCUUAGCGAGACGCCAGCCCUGACAGCCGCCUGA